AUGAUCGCGGGAACUACCAAAUUGAUGGGGUCCAUCGAUCCAGCUCAGCGAUCCUGGGACAAAGUCGUGGAGUGCUGCAUGCCGAAUUCUUUGAUGGAACCUGAUGGCGAAGCGAUCUCUCACCAUGAUCAAUACGUCAAAAACUCCAGCCACGACUUCAAGGUAGAUGGAUCACCCGAUAACGCCAUUGUCCAGGAGGUCACUAGCUGGUUCAAUAAGCUCAUCAACGACCAAGACAUCUUGGAUUCGACAAAGAUUGACAUCAAAGUACUUGGACGCAUUGUUGCUCAAACCGGCGCCACGGUAGAUAGCCUGGAGGCCUUCUUUAGUAAGGAACAGGUUGAAACACAGACUAUGGUCGAUAUCGGUAUUCUGCGCUACCCUGACAUCGAUAACCCGUACUUCAGGAUACAUCGUAUCCAACUGACGGCGACAUCCGACUGUACUAGAACAUUAUUCCACGAGGAUGAUAAGAACGGUAUCAUAGCAGACCUCCAGUGUCGUAAAUUCAAACCAAGAGAAAGUAUCACCAAGAGCAUGACUGCCGAAGCAAGAAAAUCCGCGAUCACUGCUGCAGACAACCUCUUCAGCUAG